UUCUUCCUGGAAUGGAUGGCAUGUGCAUGAACGAAAGCUCUGCUCCAACCUCCUCCUCCUCCUCCAUCUACUGGUAUCCAUUGUAUGCAUGGCCAGUAUAUAACACUGCACAAAGAGAUAGGCUGCCUGCCUUAGCUUAGCUGCUAUAUACACAGAGAAGCAGCGAGAGAGAGCAUACUUCUGUUCUACCUUAGGAGGAGGAGGAGAUAGAAGGUAGAGAGAGUGGGGAGAGAAGAUGCAGGACUGGGCUGGGGUGUUCAUCCCGCUGGUGCUCUUCAUCCUGCUGUCGCCGGGGCUGCUGUUCCAGAUCCCCGGCAAGUGCCGGAUCAUCGAGUUCGGCAACUUCCACACCAGCGCCGUGUCCAUCAUCGUCCACUCCAUCAUCUUCUUCAGCUUCGCCGCCAUCUUCCUCGUCGCCAUCGGGGUGCACAUCGACCUCGGCCCCUAGGCCGAACCCGGUGUUCCGUGUUUUCAGCACCCAUCAGCUGAACAUGUAGCUCAUCGGGUUGGGUUCUCUGAAAGUUUAGGGCCUUGUUCCUGUCUGUUCAUGCAUAAUAGUGUCUCUCGCUCGCUCACCGUGUCCAUCGGCAGUGUCGCCGUGGUGAUUUUAUGGAUGGAACGGAACUGGUUCUCUGCUCCUAGCUAGAUUCACUUGCCUCGAGAUAAAUAAAGCUCUUCCGUUUCUGUGA